AUGUUUGGGCUCAAAGCACUGUCAACCGGGCUCUUUGCCGCUGCCUCCGUCUCUGGAAUCCAACUUUGGAAGACGCCCGGCCAAAUCCCGACUGACGUGCCAGCCAGAUGUCGUGCAGCGCUGAGCACCAACAUUACCUGCGACUUUUUGGUCACGGCUGAUAGCGCUGCGAACGGAGAGGUCGUCGUCGGCGAAGCGGCUGAUGUCUUUUGCAACUCCGCCUGCCGAGACUCGCUGCGCUCGUUCACGAGUAGCGUGACAUCUGGAUGCGGGCAUACGCAAUACAAGCUGUGGGAGAAUAGCACAAUGACAGCUUCCGGUCAGGCUAUGGCAGAAGGGCUGCUCUGGGCGAAUAGCCUCCUUUGCAUUCAAGACGAGUAA